GGCCAGAAAGCUCCGUAGCCCAACUCAUCGUGUCCAAAAUUAUCUCUGAAGCAUUCCACAUCGAAUUUCAACCAUCAAGUGCGGACCAAGAUGGGAAAACUACUCCUCACGUCUUCGCAAGUCCAGGUCAUCGCAUCUGGCUUCGUCAUAUUCCUUUGCACUUUUGCCCUCUUCUUCAGUGGUUACAUGAUACAACAGCGUACGCUCCGUGAGCUGCGCGUCGCCAUCCAGCCCCGAGGCCCCCCGCGAGGAUCCCACCGCGAAUCACAACCAUCAUCCCAAGCUUACCUCCCUGAACGAUUCCGCACGACGACGACAGAGCUCGAAGAUGGAACGAUUGUGCAAAUAGAGAGCGAGGCUGAGAGAGAGGCCAAGGAGCAAGGCGUGGUGAUCGAGGUGAAGAAGACGAAGCCUGACAUCAAGGCGGACAAGGUAGCGGACCACAAGGUGAAUCCGGAGGCGAAGCAGAAGAACAUCGAUAUUGUGGAGCAGCUCAAAGCCAAGGUGGCGGAAAAGAUGGUGCCUGUGAGCCGCCCUGACAUCCAAGCCAAGAAUGAUAAGCCGCUCAGCAGGGCGCAGAGGCGAAAGAUGAUCAAGCAGGACCUGCAGAGGUCGGCACAAUUGGAGGAGCCAGCAUACUACCAGCGACGAAUGUGGUAGUUCGUAUACAUAUAUUGCGUGAUAAAGGAUAACGGAUCAUGAUGAUGCUAUAUGGGUUCAUCAAGUAAAGGAAUAUGGAUAGGCAGGCGUUGACUUCUUUCUAUCAAUUCGAGCUUUGGAAUAGCCUCGUUCCUAUAUGUGCCACACACACUUGUACACUAAGAAAAUAAACUUCUGG